AGUGAAUAGAUGAAAGUCGACUAGAAGUAGAACCGAUAAAAAAGCCUUUCAUACCUGACCAACUUAAAUUGCAUAAACAGAUAUGAACUUCUUACACAUGGGCCUUAUUUUUCACUGGGCCUGCAGUAUCAUAUGGUCCUUCAUUUUGCGGACAAUGGUAGAGAUUCGGGCUCGAAUAAUAUAGCAGAGUUUUGUCUAUUUUUAUCUAUUUCAAAUUUCCUGCAACGAGAGUGAAUAUACGACGAGCAUUUUUGUCUUUACAAUUAAUUAAUUAUUUCAUAUAAAAAUGUUAAUAUCAGAAUUUAAAUCCUGGUCUUUUCUAAUAAAGACAACAAUCGCAACCAAUUACACUAAACAAAAUUUUUGUAUCUUUUUUAAUACAAAACAUACACGAAGUGACACUCUGAAAAUCAGAAGACUUUUUCAUCGUGAUUAGCCAACCCACUAAGUCUACCGUAUGUAUAUUUAUGGUACUUGAUACUGCAAUUUUCAUAGCAGAGUUUCAUGUAGUUUCUCAAUUCUAAAAUCACUACUCUCUUCUCAAUUUUCGCUAAAGGUAGAUUGGUAAUUGACCAACAUGGAAGAAACUAAUUCUAUUACUACGUGUUGUGUCAAUGCAUUUUUCAAUUUGUAUUAAAAUUUGUACUUUUUUAUCUUUGUUCUUAUCUCUUUCUAACUUCCUCUGAAAUUCCCUCCAUCGUGCAAUAGUUUGCCCCUUUCACUUCACAGUACAAGGCCGCCUUUGAAAAUGAACCUCCCGGUCUCUUGGCACUACGAUUUAAUUCUUGGGGAUUUAAAAUGGGCAAGUUAAAGAUUUCAAAUUCGAUAUCAAUCAUGACGAAUAGAAUGGAGUUUAAUAAAUGAAGGUGUAUAAGGAGGAUUAAAAAUUGAAUUUUACAUUGAAAAAACACUUUUAAUAAUUUUACAGUUAAAUACUAAACUACUUUUUUUUAAAAGUACUUGUUUAAAAGCUCAAGCCACUGAAAAACUAAGCUGAUGAUACGAAUCCGCUGUAGUUUACCCAUGUCUCGUUAAAAUUCGACUCUUAUUACCUCCUCACACUUUCCACGGGAAAUCAAGAGAGCGAACUCUUGCAAACCCUAGCAAUGGAUCGCUCCACCUCCGAUAAGGAUAAAUCCUCCAAGCGUUCGCGCGACGAGCGUGAUCGGGACUCCGGCAGAGACCACCGCGAUAGAGAACACAAGCACAGAUCGCGGGAUAAGGAUCGAGAUGGCAAUUCUUCCCACCACCACCGGUCGGAGCACGAGGGUCAGCAUCGCGACCACGACCACCACCGCAAGUCUUCAAGGCUCGAGGAUCGCGAGUGUUCUCGGGACCGAGAAUCCAAGCGAGAGCGGUCGAUUGAUUUGAGAGACGAUCGGGAAGGCAGCAGCGAUAGAGCUGAUCGGUCUCACGACCGUCGAAGGCGAGAUGAAAGGGAACGGUCCAGGGAGAAGUCGUACGACGGGAGAGACGAGAGGGAAGGCAGUAGAGAUAGGCACGAUAAUAAGCCGCGGGAGAGAGAAGUGAAGCGUGAGAGAUCGUAUGAUGGUGUGGAAAGUAGAGAGGUGGAUGAUGGUUCGAGAAGGAAGAGGAAAGAUAGAGAAGACGGUGGGGAUGAAAGGGAGAAGAAGGAAGCUAAGGUGUCGGAUGGUAAGAGAGAAAGGAGAAGAUUUGGGGAUAAAGUUAAGGAAGAGAAUGAUGUAGGUAAUGGUGAUAACUGGAGUGUUCCUGAUAAUGCUGCUACAGGUGAAUUUAGUGAGGUUAAGGUAAAAGAGGAAGUAAAUGACGAGUCAGUAGCUGGUGGCGGCACCAUCAGUGGUGGAUUUCCAGCUGAUAAUGUGAGUUUUCCAUAACUUUGAACUUGCUAGAUGUUGCUUAUUCUGGUGGGCAUCCUGUUUUGGCUUUGUUGGAGCUUUUCCUUUGUUUAUUGUGUGUUCUUUGAGGUGAUUGAAUAAGGCGAUCUGUUGGUUAUGUCCGCGUGUCUUAAGGAGGGUCUGGGCCUAAGCCAAUGUAGAAAUUGUCAUUUAUGCAUCCUUGCACAUAAAGCUGCCUUGUCGUACUUUCUAUGCGUAUGAGCUAUUGUAUGUUUGAAAAUUUGUUUCUGUCUGAGUGUAACCAAUAACGUUUCUUAUCUAGACUUGAAUUAAGUUGCUAACAAACUGGUUAUGUAGCAUUGGACACCUUCUUUUGCCGUGUGACUGAACUCUGUGUUUGAACAUCUCGCUAACUUGUUGCUGGUCAGUUUUGUUAAGCUCAAUUCCAGCUGGCGCUGUAGUUAAUCAAGGCAGGAUGAUUCUCUCCUUCGUUGUAGUUUUCCUGAUCCUUUCCCCCCAAAGCUAUUGGUAUUGUGAUCAUGUUUUCUUAUAUACUGAGUUCUAUUUAUUGUCAAUUAUGUG